AUGGCGGGUCUUAGCCACGUUCCGAGCCUAGAUAAGCUCUUAGGGGAGAGCCCGUCUCGGCUUAACCUAAGUAUGUUCGGCCGGCCGGGGGCAGAAGCUGACGCAGGGAUCUCCGCUUCCGCCGCCGCCGCUGCCGCCGCCGCAGGAGGCGCUGCUGCCGACGGGCUCGGCGCAAUGGGGGGCAGCAGGCAUAGUCGUUUAGACCUGGCGGGGGGGGAUCCGCGGCUGGGGUUAUCCGCGCCGAGGCGGGCAGCGGGGGAAGAAGCGGAGGCGGGGCGAGGCGGGGCAAAUGCCGUGGCGGGGGAUGGCGGAAACCAAAACCAUUCCUCCCCCCGCCCUCCCCGUUACUCCUCCCCUUCCAUCGUACCCGCUCCCCCCUUUGCCUUCCGCCCCCCGCCUGCUGCUCCUCAGGCCCCAACCGCAGACGCAGCAGCUGCCAUGACCGGCGCCUCCGCCGCAAGUGCCGCAGCCGCAGCCGUAGCCAAUGGCGUGGCGACAAAUGGCACUCCAGCAUCGGCGAACGGCGCGCCUCUCUCUCCGCCUCCCCCGCCGUCCGUGUUCCACCCGACCCCGGAGGAAAUGGGCCGCCUGUGCGCCCCGCCUGGCGCGGCGGAAGCCGCCAGCCCGAUCUCCGGCAGGCAGCCGGGCGGGGGAGCUGGCGGAAAGGGUGCGGGGAAGAGGGGUUUGGGAGGAGCGUCGAGCGGGCGGGGGGGAGGCGGAGGGGGAACGAGGGCGGGCGCGCAUGGGGGAGGCGGGAGGGAGAAUGGGAUUGGGUCGGAUGAAAAUCAUUCUGAUGAUGGGGGGAGGUCGGAAGGGGAGGAUGAGCUGGUAGCGUCGUUGGAGCAUCUGACUGAUCCAGAAGAGAUUAAGCGAGUCAAGAGGAUGCUGUCCAAUCGCGAGUCGGCGCGGCGGUCGCGGCGGCGAAAGCAGGCGCACAUGGGGGAGAUGGAGACGCAGGUGACUCAGCUGCAGAUCGAGAACGCCAACCUGGCCAGCCGCCUCGGGGAGAUCGGGCGCAAAUACAGCGACGCCGCCGUCGACAACCGCGUGUUAAAAUCUGACGUGGAGGCGCUGCGAGCUAAGGUGAAAAUGGCUGAGGAGAUGUUAGGAAGGGUGAAUCACAUGGCACAGUAUAUGUAUCAUCAUCACCACCAGCCCAUGGCUUAUCGGCAUGAUCCUGCUGCUGCCGCUGCUGCGGCUGCGGCGGCUGCUGCGGCGGCGGCUGGUUCGAUGCCGUACGGCCCGUCUGCUGCUGAGAUUGCUUACUAUCAGCACCACGCGCAUAACUCCUCGGCUGCAGCGGCGGCAGCAGCUGCAGCGGCGGCCGCUGCGGCAGCAAGCGCUGGGGCCACUGCUGCCGCUGCUGCUGCGGCUGGGGAAGCGGCUGGUUCUGCUCCUGCCACCAGUGCUGGGACUGCUCCAGCUGCCGCGGCCGCUGCUGCUGCUGCUGCUGCUGCAGGAGGAGCUGCAGGAACAGCGCAAUCUCAUGCGUCUUUGCAGUCUCUCCAGUCAUAUGCCUCUCACCACCAUGCAGCUGCGCUUUCAGCAGCAGCAGCACACCAUGGGGCAUAUUCACUCGAGGCUCUGCGCGCUGGGGGUGUGCACCUCCCUGGUUCGGGUAUUUCCCCUCAUAAUUAUGCUGCUGCAGCAGCGGCCGCGGCGGCAGCUGCAGCGGCGGGAGGAGGGCUGCACCCGAGCCUGGCUGCCAUGCCUGGAAUGCGUGGGGCAGCAGGGAUGGCCGGACUUGGGGCCGGUUCGGGGAUGGCAGAUCCAGCAGCCGCUGCUACAGCUGCUGCUGCGGUUGGGGGAGAGGGGGGAGCGGCAGGAGGGAUGAGAGAGGAGGCUGGGGGAGGGCAUUAUAGAACGGAGAGGAGUGCAAGCAUGGAGAGGGCAGCAAGUGAAGAACAUGCACAGAAGAGGUUUAAAGCUGCAGAAUAG